CUUCCGGGCCUCGCUCCCAGCAUUCUCAGCGGGCCCUGAGAGAUCCCGCCCCCGUACGCCGGCUUCGGCGUGGUGGAGGUAGCGGCGGAAGUGAACGGAGCGGUUCCCGCUGCGGGUGAGGCGCAAGGUUUAUUUAUUUCGAGAGAGAAGGAGAGAGAGAGAAUUCCAAGCAGGCUCCAUGCUGUCAGUGCAGAACCCAGCUUAGGCCUUGGACCCAUCCACAAACCGGGAGAACGUGACCUGUGCUGAAGUCGAACACUUAACCAACCGAGCCACCCAGAUUUCUGAUGAUUAGACCUGUCCACAAGAAGUGAGCUGGCAAGGCUGCUUUUCUGUGGUGAAACUGAGAAGCUGAUUGGCGCCAUGAAGGUCUUCUGCGGGCGGGCCAAUCCAACCACUGGCUCUGUGGAGUGGCUGGAAGAGGAUGAGCACUAUGAUUACCACCAGGAGAUUGCAAGAUCCUCCUAUGCUGAUAUGUUACAUGACAAAGACAGAAAUAUAAAAUAUUAUCAGGGUAUCCGGGCUGCUGUGAGCAGGGUGAAGGACAGAGGACAGAAGGCUUUGGUUCUUGACAUUGGCACUGGCACGGGACUCUUGUCAAUGAUGGCGGUCACAGCAGGGGCUGACUUCUGCUAUGCCAUUGAGGUUUUCAAGCCUAUGGCUGAUGCUGCUGUAAAGAUUGUGGAGAAAAAUGGCUUCAGUGAUAAGAUUAAGAUUAUUAACAAGCAUUCCACUGAGGUGACGAUGGGACCAGAUGGUGACAUGCCAUGCCGUGCCAAUAUCCUGAUAACGGAAUUGUUUGAUACGGAACUGAUUGGAGAGGGAGCGCUGCCUUCCUAUGAACAUGCACACAGGCAUCUCGUGCAGGAAAACUGUGAGGCAGUGCCUCACAGAGCAACUGUCUAUGCUCAGCUGGUGGAGUCCAGGAGGAUGUGGUCGUGGAAUAAGCUCUUUCCUAUCCCCGUGCAUACCAGCUGUGGAGAGCAGGUCAUCGUCCCCCCCUUGGAACUGGAGAGAUGCCCUGGUGCACCCUCUGUCUAUGACAUUCAGCUGAACCAGGUGUCAUCCGCUGACUUCACUGUCCUCAGUGAUGUGCUGCCUAUGUUCAGUGUGGACUUCAGCAAGCAAGUCAGUAGCUCAGCAGCUUGCCACAGCCGGCAGUUUGAACCUCUGGCAUCUGGUCGAGCUCAGGUGGUUCUCUCUUGGUGGGACAUUGAAAUGGACCCUGAGGGGAAGAUUAAGUGCAGCAUGGCCCCCUUCUGGGCACACUCAGACCCAGAGGAGCUACAGUGGCGGGACCACUGGAUGCAGUGUGUGUACUUCCUGCCACAAGAAGAGCCUGUUGUCCAAGGCUCAAGCAUCUACCUGGUAGUGCACCAUGAUGACUAUUGUGUAUGGUACAGCCUCCAGAGGACCAGCCCUGAAAAGGACAGGAGAGUCUAUCCAGCACGCCCCGUGUGUGACUGCCAAGCUCACCUGCUCUGGAACCGGCCUCGGUUUGGAGAGAUCAACGAUCAGGACAGAACUGAUCAAUACAUCCAGGCUCUGCGGACAGUGCUGAAGCCAGACAGUGUCUGCCUGUGUGUCAGUGACGGCAGUCUGCUCUCCUUGUUGGCCCAUCACCUUGGGGCAGAGCAGGUAUUUACAGUAGAGAGCUCAGCAGCUUCUCAUAGACUGAUGAAAAAAAUUUUCAAGGCUAAUCACUUGGAAGAUAAAAUUAAUAUAAUAGAGAAACGGCCUGAAUUGUUAACAUCUGCAGACUUGGAGGGUAAAAAGAUCUCUCUCCUCCUGGGUGAACCAUUCUUCACUACCAGCCUGCUGCCCUGGCACAACCUGUACUUCUGGUAUGUGCGGACUGCCGUGGACCAGCAUCUGGGGCCUGGUGCUGUGGUGAUGCCCCAGACUGCCUCGCUGCACACUGUGGUCGUGGAGUUCAGGGACCUAUGGCGGAUCCGGAGUCCCUGUGGUGACUGCGAAGGCUUUGACGUACACAUCAUGGAUGACAUGAUUCAGCGUGCCCUGGACUUCAGGGAGAGCAAGGAGGCCGAACCCCACCCUCUGUGGGAGUACCCAUGCCGCUGUCUGUCUGAGCCCCAGCAGAUCCUGACCUUUGAUUUUCGGCAGCCAGUACCCCCACACCUGAUCCAUGCUGAGGGCUCCAUUGAGCUGAGGAGGCCUGGGAGGAGCCAUGGGGCCGUCCUGUGGAUGGAAUACCACCUCACGCCGGACAGCACUGUCAGCACUGGCCUCCUGAAGUCUGCAGAGGACAAGGUAGUGCUGUGCACGGGGACUGUUGCUGGAACCCCCACUGCAAGCAGGCAGUGUACUUCUUCACCACGGCGGACCCCAGAGCGCCGCUGGGCGGCCCUCAGACUGUCAGUUACACCGUGGAUUUCCACCCCCACACUGGAGACAUCACCAUGGAUUUCUCACUCUCAGACACCCUGGACGAUGGGCAGUGACCCUCACCUGUUUAGAAAUAAAGUGGCCUGAGGGCUCUGGGCUCUGA